UCAAAGUUGAAAUUGACAAAUUAACCUAUAAACUUAAUUCAUAUUUGGUGUUUUGAUUUUGUUCAUGUGUUUUGAAUUUCUGCUGUUAAUUUUACUACAAUAUUAGUUUUAUUAACGAUGGAAAGCAGUGACAAUGAAAAAGAAAUUUCAGAUGUAGAUGAUAAUGAAAGAACUGCUAUAAGACAAGAGUUAUCCAACAUGACAUUUGAAGAGCUUCAGAAAUUAAAAGAAAAAAUUGGUGCCAAGGUUUACAAAGAAGUUGUGUUUGGUAGAAAUAAAAAUACUGAAAAACCUAAAGUGUUCACAAGAGAGAAUAAAAAUAGACCUCGGGAAGUAAGUGCAAAGAAACCAGUAAAAAUGCAACUUGAUAUUGGUGCUGUGAAGAAGACAGAAGUGCGUGACCCGAGAUUUGAUCCACUAUGUGGUACAUUUGACAAGAAGCAGUUCACCCAAGACUACGGUUUUCUAUCCGAUAUGAGAAUGAAUGACAUGAAAGCUAUCAGGAAUGAAUUAAAACAAACCACAGACCCUGAUAAACAGCUCAAGUUGCGGAGACUUCUGCAACGGUUGAAAGAUAAACAUAGAGCCAGUAAGAGAGAGAAAAUAGAAAGAGAGAAGAGAAGUAAAGAGAUUGAGCAUGUAGAACACGAAUUUAAGGAAGGCAGACAGCCACACUUUAAGAAUAAGUCGGAAUUACGAGUGGAGUCCUUAGUGCAACAAUAUGAAGAAUUAAAGAAGAAAGGUUCUGGCAGAAUUCAGCGUCACCUCAAACGCAGGCAGCAGAAAAUUAAAAAGAAAUCAUUCAAAACUCCUGUCGGUGUUGAAUGAUGUUAAUUUUAUGAGUAUUUUAAUAAAACAUAUUAUUAUGAAAAA